AUGGGUUCUAACUGUCAUUGUGCAAAUGAAGUUAAUUUUGAGCGGAAAGAAGAAGGGAUGCGUUACACGGUCAACUCUUUCAUUGAUCUCCAAAAGGUAGUAGUAUUGAAUGAAGCAAUUGAAGGUUCUGGUGCAAAGAUUUUCAAGAAAUGGGAGGAUCGAUUGGAUAGGACUAUUUACGUAGAAAGCGACGUUGAUGAAGAGCUAUUAUUCAAUGUACCUUUCAAAGGACAUGUAAAAAUAACCGGUCUUGUGCUGGCUGGCGACUUAGAUGGUACUCAUCCAUCACACAUACGACUCUAUAAAGACCGACCAUCAAUGUCAUUUGAAGCGAUGGCUUUAGAAGCUGAUCAAGAAUUUGCACUAAAACAGGACACUGGCGCGCAAAUAGAUUAUCCCAUGAAGGCCUCAAAAUUUUCAAAUGUGACGCAUCUCAGCUUACAUUUCCCAACUAAUUUUGGCGAAAACAAAACUCGGAUUUACUAUAUCGGCUUGCGCGGCGAGUAUAUUGCGGAUAUAAGGCAACAGAUAUGUAUUGCAACGUACGAGGCUAGACCGAUGCUUAAAGAUCAUAAAGGAGAGAUUCCAGAUGCCAUACAGAGAAGUGUUAUGGCCGUGUUAUAUUUCGAUUAUCUCGUCCUAUGUGUUUUAUGCAAGUUUGCAUGUGUGCUACUUCGUCGUUGGGUCGUCGCGCGUACAAUGGACAGAUUGACGUGGUACCAACCAGGAGAGUAUAUGGAAGAUAUAAUUAUUCAAAGUGGUCACGUGGGCAUAUACGAUGGAGACGUGAAACAGACAACAUAUGAACAGGGAACUGCUUCCCUUACAUUGCAUCGUAUCAUCUGGGCUGAUUCCAAUGAUCCGGAUCAUCGGCUAAUUUUGCAUCAUUCAUUGGUAGCUGGUAUUGAGAAGCAUCAUAAGUCGAUGUUCCGUCGAGGUGGCAAAAUCAUCCUUUCGUUGCAUCCUAAACCACCCGGGCAACAACGAGGCCCUUUCGCUUCUUCUUCUUUUAAUUAUAUUCGCCUUGUUUUUCGAAAUGGUGGAGAAGACGAGUUCUAUGAAAAAUACAAGGAAGCAUUGGGAAUGAAUACAUGGGAACGAUUACCUUCUGGAUGCUCACUGUCAAAUUCUGUCGCUUUACGCAGUAGCAACCCUUCGACACCACGAGCCGUAGGCAUCUCGGGCAUUGAAAAAAGGCUUGCUGAGAAUCAUUAUCGUACACAUGAAAGCAUAAGUCAGGCUUUUGAAGAUAUGAAUCGAUUGAUGGAAUAUGCGCGAGAGAUGGUGUCACUUUCAAAAGCGAUCACUGAUAAGUUGCGAGCAAAAAAAGGAGAUAUAACCGACGAUGAAACUGUACGUUUCAAGACCUACUUGCUUAGUCUGGGCGUUAGCGAUCCAGUGACAAAGUCCGCAUUUGGUAGCAGUGCUGAGUACUACAAAAAACUUGCGGAAGAAUUAUCUACAGUGUUAUGUGCUCCUCUUAAGGAAUGUGGUGGUAUGAUGACUUUAUCAGACGUAUACUGUCGUAUUAACAGAGCUCGUGGUUUAGAACUCUUGUCACCGGAGGACAUUUUGAAUGCAUGUCAGAUGUUAGAACAAAUGAAUUUACCUAUAUCUUUGAAUCGUUUUGAAAGUGGUGUUAUGGUUGUGCAGCUGAAAGAGAUGAGUGUGGAGACCACUAUUGAAGGCACUGUGGAGUUAGUAGCCGCUAUGGGCACUUGUAAUGCUACUAAGCUGGCCAAGUGUCUCGGUAUCACAAUCAUCCUUGCAAAGGAGAGAUUACUUGCUGCCGAGGCUCAAGCGAAACUUUGUCGUGAUGAUACCGUUGAAGGUCUUGCGUUCUAUCCAAAUCGUUUCAUGACUUCAUGCUGA